UUAACGUUAGAUAUUAUAAGGAUAUCUUAUAUUUCCAGGUGGCUGCUAGACUUGGAAUUAAGAUGCGCGCGAAGCGAAGGUCGCAGGCAUACAUGACGAGACUCCUCCGACAUUGAAAGAAAAGUGAAAGUUGGUGAUAAAGUUUGUCCUACGCCAGGGGUGAGGACUGAGGAGACAGUCUGCCUAUGAACUCGUGUCAGGGUUGGUGUAAGACUGUGCGUGCAAACUUGCUGAGAAAUGGACCAAAAUAGGAGCAGGGCGGACGAAUUCCUAAGACGAAAACUAGGAUGGCUGCCCGCCCGAAUAGCCCUGGCAAUCAUGGCCUGGUUCGGCUUCGUCAACCUGUACAUGGUCAGAAUCAACCUCUCCGUUGCUAUUGUUGCCAUGGUCAAGAGGAACGCAUCUGCAGAUGGCGCUGUAGCCUGUGACUCCGGGUUGGAAGUUGGGGGUGGUUUCCUCACGACGGAUCGUAAUGACACGUCAAUUUUGGCAUCAGAAAACGAAGUUUAUGACGUGUCAUCCUCUACGGCUAAUCUACAAGACGAGGAGGGCGAAAUGGUUUGGGACGAAACGACCCAGGGUAUAGUCCUGGGCGCCUUCUUCUACGGAUACUCACUAACUCAGAUCAUUGGGGGUCGAAUGGCAGAACUAUAUGGCACAAAGAUGGUGUAUGGGAUAUGCAUCCUGGCUGGGGGGAUUUCGGCUUUCCUCUCUCCAGUCAUGGCCAGGUGGCACUAUGGAGCCCUAAUUGCCCUGAGGGUCAUACAAGGAAUGUUCCAGGGCGUUUCCUGGCCAUCAAUGCACGCCUGCAUUGCGCGAUGGAUUCCGCCCAUUGAGAGACCAAGAUUCAUCGCCAUCGUCUACCUUGCAUCAACCUUAAGCUCUGCCAUGACCUUGCCUCUUUGUGGGAUCAUCAUCGACAACCACGGCUGGGCCUCCCAAUUUUACGUGAUGGGGGCUCUCUCUCUCCUGUGGUGUUGCUUCUGGUUCGCCUUAAUGUACGAUUCCCCUGACCAGCAUCCAAGGAUCAGCGACGAGGAGCUGCAGUACAUAAAGAAGGCUCUGGAGGAGAGUGGAACGGACAAGGGCUCCUCCAAGGGCAUCCCCUGGCGACAGAUGUCCAAAAGUGUGCCCGUGUGGGCCAUCCUAGUCGCCUGCACCGGAAACGGCUGGGGAAUAUCCCUACUUUUUGCCCAACUCCCCACCUAUAUGAAGAACGUACUCGGGUUCUCCAUCAAAAGUAAUGGAGCGUUAUCGGCCGUCCCUUUCCUCUGCCGCUACAUCGGAGGCAUUUUAUGGAGCUCUUUCUCGGCCUGGCUCAUCAAUAGGAGCUAUCUGACGGUUAGGAUGACGAGAAGGAUAUUUGGAGCUAUAUCGCUGUGGGGUCCAGGGGCUAUGAUUCUGGGGGUGUCUUUCGCGGGGUGCGAUGCCAAACUAGCCAUUACCCUGCUCUGCCUGGCGCUCUUCCUCAACGGCGCCACAACCACCAGCGGUCUCGUCAACCACACCGACAUCGCGCCGAACUUCGCAGGAACACUUCUGGGUUUAGACAACACUUUGGGAGCUAUGAUAGCCUUCAUCGUGCCGAUUGUGACUGGAGUUAUGACUGAUGGACAGCAAACCCUCGAGGCGUGGCAACGGGUGUUUUGGAUAUGCGUCCCAAUUUACUUCCUGACAGCCAUAUUCUUCAUCAUCUUCGUCUCGACCGAUGUCCAGCCCUGGAACGACGUCGAUUCCAUGGAGUCUUCGUCGUCUGAGAGUGCUAAGUCUUCCAGGGAUACGAAAGGAGCCGUUGAGAAGGUUCUUGUGAAGCAGUAGGGAAUA